GAUAAAUCGUAACCAGCUCACCAGUUGUCGUGGAUCGGACCUGCAGCUGCACUGGAACCAGAUGGAUCAUUUGCUGUUCUGUUGCAGCUCGAACAGCUCGGAAAGUUCGGCAGUUGCAUCCUCCACGACCCUGCUGGCCACGGUGUCCAGUGUGAGCAGCACGGAAGGAAUUUGCGGCGGCGGUGGCGGCGGUGGAGGAGGACGAACGCUUCAUGGUCGUAGCCGAAGCAGCUAUGGUGGCAGCUGUGGCAUCGUGCGGAUAGGCGAGGUGUCCUCGACGUGCAGCGUCGGGUCGGCGGAUGACACGGUUCCGUCACCGGCGUACAUUCACACCGCCACCGAAUCCUCGAUAUCGAGCAUUGAUGAUCUCAGAGCGGAAGAUCACAGCGGAGGAGGAGGAGCGGAUGCUAGUUCCGGAUCGGCACCAACACCAUCGACGACGACGACGGCUACGGUGGCCUCAACGACGACCCCUUCGACGACGACGACACCGAAAACGUUCGUCGCCUGCAAGGUUUGCGGCGAUAAGGCAUCCGGGUAUCACUACGGAGUGACGUCAUGCGAGGGCUGCAAGGGUUUCUUCCGGCGCAGCAUCCAGAAGCAGAUCGAAUACCGGUGUCUGCGCGAUGGCAAGUGUCUGGUGAUACGGCUCAACCGGAACCGGUGCCAGUACUGUCGCUUCAAGAAGUGUCUAUCGGUCGGCAUGAGCCGUGACUCCGUUCGAUACGGACGAGUUCCGAAAAAGUCGCGCGAAACCAACGGAACCUGCACGGAGGAAACGAUGAACAUUUGCGUCAACUCGACGACACCGUCGGUCGGGGGUCAGCUAAGCUGCAGUACGACGAGUGGUGGAAAUGGUUCGUCGGCCAGUUCAACCACCGGCUCCAACCUGACAAACUGCACCGAGAUCAGCACAUCGACCGGCGGUGGUACGGUGACCGUCGGUAGUAGCAAUGGGAACAACAAUACCAUCCUGCCCGAUUCACUUACCUUUACGCCACCGGAACUGUCGGUGUACGAUAUCAUCCAGUGUAUCGGCCAGGCCCAUCGGGGCCACUGUACUUACACGAGUGAGCUAGUGAAGGACCUAAACCGGAUAUCGCUCAUCAACUACAGUGAAAAGCAUGACUUCGUACUGCAACCGCUGGGAGCAUCGCUGGAGGAGCAGCGCGUUUGGCUGUGGCAACAGUACGCCAUGCGGAUGACCCCGGCCGUACAGCGGAUCGUCGAGUUCGCCAAACGGGUGCCGGGUUUCGGUGAGCUGCUGCAGGACGAUCAGCUGAUACUGAUCAAGCUGGGUUUCUUCGAGGUCUGGCUAACGCACGUCGCCCGUUCGACCACCGAUUCGACGCUCACGUUUGACGAUGGUGUGUACAUUACGCGGCACCAGCUGGAAACGAUCUACGAUCCCGAGUACAGUAGCGCGCUGUUCAACUUUGCCAACGGGUUGAACGGUUGCUGCCUGAGCGAUACGGAGAUCGGUCUUUAUUCGGCCCUCAUCCUGCUGUCCGAUCGGCCCGGGCUCGUCGAGACGAAACUGAUUCUCAAAACGCGCGAAUGCAUCGCCGAAGCACUACGAGUACAAAUAACGCGAUCGCGAGCGAAUGGCGUUAGCCACGCGCUCCAGAUCAUGCCCGCGCUAGAGGCUAGGGUGCACGAGCUGCGUAUGCUGGGCGAGAAACACUCCGCUCAUCUCGAGUGGUUCCGCAAGAACUGGAGCACGAUCCGGUUGCCGCCCCUGUUUGCCGAAAUCUUCGACGUGCCGAAGUGUGAGGAGGAUCUGCAGUGAUCCAGCUCCAGAAGUAGAGAUAAAUCCCAGUGGAAACGAGUGAACGACCAUUUUUAGCCAAUUCCCUCCCCUUCCCCGCGAGCCAAAACGAACCCCCAGACGGUGGUGCGUCAAAAGCAUUUCUCAUAUCGUGAUCGUUAACCAUAAACUCUACAUGACCUCUUCCUCCGUCAGCAAGACCGCAACCCCAGCAACGUGGGCACAUCGCAUUGCUCGGAAUGUGGGUUUCGUUAUCAGCGAACGAAGCAACAAUCCUCGAAAAAGGAUAUACACACAUACACAUCACUUAACUAAUAGCAACAUAUCAUUAUCGAUGUGAGUUACUCGUUACUCUUAUAGCCCAAUUCUCUCGCUAUCUCUCUCUUUCUCCCCUCAAAUACGAGUUAGAUAAGCCGGUGGUGUGCCAGUGGCAUAGUAGAACCAUUUAGCAGAACCCCACAAACCGCACCCCCUAAUGCCAGAUGGUAAACCAGUUAACCACCUAUCACCAGCUGAUAGGCCACACGCGUAGUGCUGUUACAUAGCUCUCCCCGCUCCAAAUAUCAAUAUUCACAUUCUCGAUGUAGACAAAGUCCGUAGACGUCCCCCCCCCCGCAAGUGAGUGAAACGGGAUCCACACGAUCCCCUCCUGCAAUCGCAUGGCUAAAUGUUAGGGCAAUAAGGGCCAUCAAAAACCACAAGUAGCAACCUACUACAAACACAACUAUAGAGCAAUACGAGGAUGGGCUUUAGUAGAAUCACGGAAUCAUAUGCUGCCUCCCCCAGCAAAAGGGAGUAUGCCAACCAACUAAGAGAGGGAACGAGGAUUGAGGUGUGUGCGGCGAUUAUGCUGCAUCGGUAUACUGCACUGUAUACUAUCUCUCUUUCUCGCUAUUUGGAGACUAUUUUAACAUUUAAGUAAACGAACUGGUGCUGCUACCUUGUAGGAUUUUACGUUUAAGUAACCGGAACCGGGCCAUACCGUGGGGCCACCUGAUAUCUGCCUCUCUACUGCGAACGAUGAACGAUGGAGAAUGACGAAUUGUUGAUACUUUUAACUAGUAGCAAAAGACGAAAAGGAAGAGCGCAGAAGGGCGCGCCGUUCGCGUUGAGUAAUUUUACUUCUCCUCGACGACGACGACGACGACAAUAAACUAUAUUGGCCCGGCCUAAAUUACGGGCGGAUGUCGUUUUUAAAGCUCUAGAUUCCGUUUUUUUUUCUCUAGAUUAUACAGAUAUUAGUUUUUAGCAGAAUCGUAGCAGGAGUAGCGAGAAAGGAGUACUUGGCCUAUACCUGCGUCUAUUUAUCUUUGUUGUUUCAUACACACCAGCAAGCCCUAAGGUGAGGCGUUCUGAUUCCGAUCAAUCAUUGGAGAAGGAAACAAGAAUGGGGGGAAUGGUUGUUUGGAAGUAGUUUGCCGAAGGCCGCAGAGAGACUACGAACUAAGAAGCUACUGUAUAUUCUCCAACGCUCCUAAUUCGUCGGAUAUAUUUUGUUACGCAUAUUGUUACGACCUUUUUUUAUUUUUAUUAUUAUAAGAGCCAGUGCGAAGCGAGUUUAUCGAUCAGAAGAAGAAGAAGAAGAAGAAUACGUAAUACCGGUGGGAAAUUCGAAAUGGAACAGGUUCCCUUCUCGUGCUCCGCGAAUUUGCGUUUGGUCCUACUUCGGGCUAAGAAAACAGGAAUUUGAACAGCAAGUGGGGACGAAAUUGCCAUGCUAGUGACAGAAGGUACGGAAUGCCAUGGGGGUGGCCAUGCUGCCGAGAGAU